ACGUGUUCAGUAAGGAAGUUGGAUAUAGUAGGUAGUUCCCCUUCACUUUAACGCGAGCAUAGGACAGUAUCGAACAUUUUGCCAUCUAACGUAACGGUUUAUAAACGAGCCAUUUCACACUUUUCCGUCUCCGUGGUGUAAGUUAUAUUCACACUUUUUUGCCGGCGCAAGUUUUACCGGAAGAGGCACAACAGAGCAAAAGACGCGAUGGACGGGACUCACCUGACGGAAGACGAGAUGGCUGAUAUAAAGAAAGAAGCCAUAGAGAGGUUACGGGCGUACUUGGUCGAUAAGAUCAUCGCAGAGCGACAUUUCGAUUUUUUGCGGUCUAAGAAAAUUCUCACCAGAGAGGACACGGAGGAGAUCAGCUGCAGGACCACGAGAGGGAAACGGACCAGCAAGCUGCUGGACAUCCUUGCAGAAAACCCGCGGGGUUUAGACAUGCUCAUUGAGUCUAUAAAGUGGGGUCGCACCAUGAACUUCAUCAUCGCAAAGAUUACAGACAUGGUGCAGAGUGUGAAAAACGAACGACUGGAUGCUCUUAAAGUUGGAUCUUCAGUCAGCUCAUUGUAUACCGCCACGAAAGGAGCCACAAAUGACCUCUCCAAGAUGGACAUUGACAAUGACAAAUACUCCACCAUGUGUUACCACCCUGAAGGGGAAGGAAGCCUGUCGGCCUCUGUUGCCACAGGAUCCUUUAACCUGCGCUACGGAUCAGGCCGAGGGAAUGAGGCUCUGUCAGUCUGUGGAGGGACUGGGAGUAUGAAUGUGUCCUCCACAGCGUCAUCAAACCUGCCCAAACCCGGUGACCCCGGAGCGCCACCACUUCCAGAGGAGCCUGAUGCUGAGGUCCCGGAUAUUGAUGCUGGGGUUUGUGGGAGCACGGGAAGCAGCGGGGAUGUGAAUUUCCAGCCGUUGCGCUCACGCUCUCUGUCUCCACACGUGCCGUAGUGUAACUCUCACCCUGUCAUCUACGUUCCAUCACAGUGUGAACAUUCUUCAAACCAACAGUUUAAAUGUCUGUCACCAGCAUCAUCAGUCAUUUCUCGAAUUUUGCCAAGCCUGAGUUGAAGGGCUCACUGGUUACUACUUUCACUGUAAAAGAAAUUCAGUCCUCUCCAACUCAAAAACGUCUGCUGACUUGUUGCAUGUCAGUUGAUGUUUUGUCAAUUUUACAAACGUCCGUUAAAGCAGUGGUUCUCAAACGUUUGUCUCUGUGUAGGGGGCAUCACUUUGAGGCCCCCCCCAAGUAAAGACUUAUAAUCUUAAACAAAUCAUUUUAAUUAAACAUAUUUAGUUAUACAAUGCUGGAGCAUCCAUUCCUUUGGUUGGUGGGCUUAUUUGUCUGAUGGUUGAUUGCAUAAAAUUUAUGAUAAACUCAUCCAAACCCCUCGAUCCAUGUUGGGACCCCAGUUUGAGAACCACUGUGUUAAAGGACCGCCAAAAGUGAUACAUUUAUAAAACCUCAACUGAGCCGACUGGCAAAUGUCAAUAGAAGUUGAGCUCUAAACUUUUUUUACAUUUUAAUUUGUUUAUGAUUUGAGGACUUGCAUUUAUACUACUUUUGUAAUUGUAGAUUUAAACAUGUUCUGUACAUAUGCAUGAAGGGUCACAUACACUGACAGCAAUUUGCAGUAAAAAAGCAUGGAUUUUCUGACCAGUAUACAACACUUACUAACUAACACUUACCUUUACUCUGGGUAGUGGUAGAAUGUGGUGCCGAGUGUUGUUUCUGCCCUGUUACUAAACACAUGUUUUAAUUAAAUCGCCGUCCGACUGAUCAGAAAUGAUAGUUCACAACAUGUCAAAGAAAGCCAUUCCUGGCACAUAGUCACUGGAUUUUAAUCGAUGUGAAAUGUUUUGACAUUGAAGAUAUGUUGGACUGGUCACGGUCGGGUAUAGUCAGGGUAUUCUACUUAACAAUAACUGGUUACCUACAACAGGAUUACAUGUUAGACUUUCAUAAAAGAAUCAUUCUCUGAUUGUUUUGACCCUCUUUGUCAUGUACAACAACAUUCUUGCAUUUCGUGUUUUUGCGAGGUCAAACUAUUUAAAACAACAUUGAAACAUCGGUGUAACACGGAGGACCAUUUUAAAGCUUUAACAGUCUUUUGCUGUUGUUGAAUGAGCGUGGGGAUGGGUCAUUAUGAUCCUGCAUGUUGUUGCACCAUUUAGCAGAAUGUAAAGGCAAGUAGAAAGCAGAAAGACUUGUUUAUAAAAGCCAAAUAUACAAAGUAUUUCAUCAAAGUAUUUGAGUCAUAAUAUCAUAUUCACUUCUGCAUUCUAACUUAUGUGUAACACAGUAUCAAUUCAUGUAAUGUGGGAUUUUCUUCACUGGACACAUAUUGCUGGUGAAUGAGGAAGGUCACCUCUUGAAGGACAUUACAGAAAUCUCAUACCUCAGUCUGACAGCCACAUAAACUUUGUAUACUCUAUUUUAAAAGUUGCCAUAUUCACAAGCUGUGUUUAUACGGCAUAUACCUGACAUACUGCAAGCAAGGAGUCAAAAUAAAUAUAUAAGAACUUAAAAUGAAGUUUACAUUUUGUAUAAUUUUACAUGUAUUUUCACAAUGUUGCUAAAGGGGGUUGUUAUCUACAGGUUACCUACUGUUAAGAAAUGUAACCAUCUACUGUGUUUGCAAGCAAAAUGAC